GCGCAAUAAAGGGGAGGAGCAUCUUCAAUCUUCUAGACGAAUGAACACAUUCCAACUCAUAAAUAAAAAAACAUUUAAAAAAUACGUAGUCAAUUUCGACUAUAAGAACUUUCGAGCUAUCGGUGGCAGCAAUUACUACGAUAUUCUAGGAGUUGAUACCAAGGCAACAGAACGGGAAAUCAAGAAAGCUUUUCGCAAACUUGCCCUGAAAUAUCACCCUGACAAAAAUCCAGCAUUUGAAGAAAAGUUUAGAGAUAUUGCUGAAGCUUAUGAAAUACUCUCCAACCCCAAGAAAAGGAAACAAUAUGAUGAUUUUGGUGCAGAGGGCACAAGAAACAAUGGGAAUCAACAUUCAAAGUUUGCUUACAACUUCAAUUUCGAUGAUUUUAUGAUGCAGUUUGAUCAGCAUUUUGGAGACUUCCAUCACAAGUUUCAUUCUCCCACCAACAAAAAGCAUCAAAAGAAAGCAGACUCAAUGUUCAAUUUUGGCAACAUUUUUAAUGAUGAUGAUGAUAUGUUUGGUGGAAUGGAUAUGCAAUUUGAUAAUAUGGAUUCAAUGUUUGGUUUCACAGAUGAUUUACAUCAGGGGACAGGAUGUAAAACAGUUACUCAAAAGAUCGGAAAUGUUGUUACUACCUAUACGCAAUGCUCAUAAAUUUUGUUAUAAAUAAAUUUACGUUGUUAUCCGUU